GCCAGACUGAAUCCAAGCAGUAAUAACCCACCGCUCACGAUGCCACCUCCCAGAGUGCAACCAGUCGAGUAUCACGACCUCGCCAGUCGCUCGUCCAUCGACUCAUUUGCCUCAGUCUCCGACUGGGAGCAAGCUGGGCUGGUUCUUCCUAGCAGUCGAUCGCAUCGUUCCUUCUGGCGCAAGUUGUGCAGAUCCACUCCUACUCCUUGGCAACUCCAGCGUGCGAGACCACGUCGCUUUGCUUCACCUCGCUGGUCCUCCAUCCGACAACUGUUUCGAAUAGCACUGAGCUUUUUAAUCGUUCUGAUCAGCUGCACCGGUCUCAUCUUCCCCUCUUACACGCGACUGCCGCCCCAUUACCGAUCGGUGGUCGAGCAAGCCACGCAGUCCGGCCAGCAUGGCCGCGGCAACCCGCGCAACGAGCGCAUCUUCAUCGCAGCCAUUCUCUACGACCCUGAGGGCACAAUCGCGGGCGGCAGGUGGGGCGAGUCUCUCCUGCAGCUGAUCGACCUUGUCGGCGAAGACAACGUCUUCCUCAGCAUCUAUGAAAACGACAGCGGCGGGCAAGGCGAACAAGCGCUCCGGCACCUGGAGGACCGCGUCGCAUGCAACAAAUCCAUCCAGUCCGACCUGCAUCUCGACCUGAGCACGUUUUCCCGGGUCACUGUCCCAGGGGGUGCCCAACGCAUCAAGCGCACCGAUUACCUGGCCGAGCUACGUAACCGUGCCCUGCGCCCGCUGGAUGGCCCCGCAACCCAGCCCUACGAUCGCAUUCUAUACCUCAACGACGUCAUCUUCGACCCCAUCGACGCAGUGCAACUGCUCUUCUCCACAAAUGCUGCCCAUGCACCCGACGGCGUGGCCCGGUACCGCGCCGCGUGCGCCGUGGACUUCAUCAACCCGUUCAAGUUCUACGACACCUACGCCACGCGCGAUCUGGAAGGAUACGGGAUCGGCCUGCAAUUCUAUCCGUGGUUCAGCACGGCCGGCCACGCCCGCAGUCGGCAGGACGUGCUGGCACAGAAGGACGCGGUGCGUGUGCGCAGCUGCUGGGGUGGCAUGGUCGCCUUCAACGCGACGUACUUCCAGCGCCAUGACCAUCCUGUGCGGUUUCGCGCGGAUAGCGACUUGUUCUACGACGGGUCCGAGUGCUGCAUCAUUCACGCAGACUUGCAGGAUUCCCCAGCAGCAGCCGCAGGAAGGGUGGAUGAUCUGACUGACUCCGGGGUGUAUAUGAACCCCUAUGUGCGGACGGCGUACACGGAGCGGAGCUUCCGGUGGCUGCGCACGACGCGGCGCUUCGAGCGGCUGUACUCGCUGGUGCACGGGAUCGUGAGUCGCUUGGCCGGCUUUCCACGGUUCAAUCCGCGGAGGACGGAGAUCGCUGGAGAGGUGGUGCGUGAGAGGAUGUGGGUGCCGGAUGCGAGGCAUUCCAAUGGAGGAUCGUACCAGACGGUUGAGCGGGUGGCGGAUAACGACGGUUUCUGUGGUGACGGAUUCGGUGGGAGACGGGGGUUACAGCUCAUCCGAGAAAAUCGUCAGGCGGGCGAGGACGGAUGGGAGGAGAUUCCUGUGCCUGUUGCAUAGUGUUCAAUGCCGUGGAUAAUUAAAUGCA